UACUCAAAAACCAAACUCACAUUGAAUUCCCUAUUCACACUCACCUCUUAAACUCAUCUACUUCCCACCUUUUUUCUUUACUAACUAACUUUCCUAUUAUUUCUUCCUAAAUAUUUUAUGUUGCCAAAUUUUUAAAAAGUAUGAUGAAAAGGUCAAUCACAACUACUUCAAAAAGGAGGAAACCAAAAGCACCACCACAACAACUUGAAGUUGCCAUUGAUUGGGAAGUUAGACCUGGUGGCAUGCUUGUACAAAAAAGAUCACCAGUUGGGUCGGAUCCGGGUUGUGCCACUGCCCCAUUUAUAAACAUCAAAGUCUCUCAUGAUUCUUAUCACCAUCUUCUUUCACUACCCUCAACCUCAACUUUUGGCGACCUCAAAAAGAUUCUUGCACGUGAGACGAAAUUAGAAGCCAAGGAUCAAAGGCUAUUGUUUAAAGGUAAAGAGAAGGGGGACGAAGAACGUUUAGACAUGGCUGGUGUUAAGGACAUGUCAAAGGUAAUCCUGUUGGAAGACCCUGCUAGCAAAGAGAGAAAAUUUGUUGACAAAAGCAAGAACCAUGCUAAGAUGCUGGCUUAUGAUGCAGUCAUGAAAGUUAGAACUGAGGUCGACAAGCUCUCACAUAAGGUUGCGGCUAUGGAGACAUGUGCUAAAAACGAGAACAAAAUUGUAGUGAAAGAGGUUGAAGUUUUGACUGAGCUACUUAUGAAGGAGUUGCUCAAACUAGAUGGGAUUGAGGCAGAAGGAGAAGCUAAAACACAAAGGAGGAUCGAGGUCCGUCGUGUCCAGGGUUACGUAGACAUUCUUGACAAUCUGAAGUUGGCCCAAAGUACAAACCACUUUGACCAAACUGUUCCUGCUGUUUCAGUAACUACAAAAUGGGAAACAUUUGACUCCAGAAUCGGGAGCCUAACUGCACCAAAGCAUGUCCAAACUUCUACGAAAAUAACUAAGGAGUGGGAGCAAUUUGAAUAAUUGGUAAACCAAUUCGUGGAUGAUAAUGUAGGAAGAUGUACAAAAUAGUCAAUGGAUCGUUGGGUUGAUAACGUUGGAAUAAAGCUUGCUCGACGUGCAUUCGUUUGAAGCUCGAUUUGGGAGGUUUUUGCCUCCAACAUAAUGCUUAGUGAGUUGAUAGAUAAGAGAAAAAAGUGUGCUUUUGUUGGUUUGGUAAGUUUAUGGAAAUCACUAGAGUAUUUUUUUUGUCCAUAUGGUAAAUAUAUUCUAGUAAAAUUUUAUCCAUGUGUAUGUAUGAGCACAAACUCUCCUAUGAGUUCAGAUACACAAAUCCUUUAUAGUUCAAAUAAUGAAAAACAGAACAAGGAAACAACCCAAACCUCACCUGCACGCAACGAAUGACCCGUCUCAGCGUAUAGCCUACUCGUGUUCUUGCAAACCCAAAAUGCAAAUUGUAGACCAUAAAGCGU